AGGCACAGACAGGAAGUGCCGCGCGGCAGCCCCGCGUAGGGAACGGCCUAUCCCGCCGUCGCGCUGGCCAGAAGGCUAGGGUGCAACCCUUAGAAGCGUCCGUUCCUACUUCUUGCUGUCGCACGGUUGCUUUUGCAAACGCAGGAGUCUCCGAAGGAUUCCACGGAUUUGGGGCCGGUUGUGAGAUGCCAGGCAGAGGCCGCUGCCCCGACUGCGGCUCUACGGAGCUCGUGGAAGACUCGCACUAUUCGCAGAGCCAGCUGGUGUGCUCCGACUGCGGCUGCGUCGUCACAGAGGGGGUCCUUACCACUACCUUCAGCGACGAGGGCAAUCUCCGAGAGGUAACAUAUUCCCGAAGCACAGGGGAAAACGAACAAGUUAGUCGCAGCCAGCAACGAGGUCUCCGCCGAGUGAGAGACCUUUGUCGAGUUCUGCAGUUGCCACCAACAUUUGAGGACACCGCGGUUGCCUACUACCAACAGGCAUACCGGCAUGCUGGCAUUCGAGCUGCCAGGCUGCAAAAGAAGGAGGUGUUGGUUGGGUGCUGUGUCUUAAUCACCUGUCGACAGCAUAACUGGCCCCUAACCAUGGGAGCCAUCUGCACGCUGUUGUAUGCAGAUUUGGAUGUAUUUUCUAGCACUUACAUGCAGAUAGUGAAGCUCCUGGGACUGGAUGUGCCAUCUCUGUGCUUGGCAGAACUGGUGAAGACCUAUUGCAGCAGCUUCAAACUGUUCCAAGCUUCGCCUUCUGUGCCAGCCAAAUAUGUGGAAGACAAAGAGAAGAUGCUGUCUCGAACGCUGCAGUUGGUGGAGCUGGCGAGUGAGACGUGGCUGGUGACCGGGCGGCAUCCCUUGCCCGUCAUCACUGCUGCGACUUUCCUGGCUUGGCAGUCACUGCAGCCUGCAUAUCGGCUGUCAUGCUCCCUUGCUCGAUUUUGUAAAUUGGCAAAUGUGGACCUGCCCUACCCCGCAUCCUCCCGCCUGCAGGAGCUGCUGGCUGUACUGCUGCGGAUGGCUGAGCACCUGGCCUGGUUACGGGUUUUGAGACUUGACAAACGGUCUGUGGUGAAGCACAUUGGUGACCUUCUCCAGCACCGCCACUCGCUGGUCCGCUCCGCCUUUCGGGAUGGGGCAGCAGAAGUGGAGACCCUAGAGAAGGAGCCGCCAGGGCAGGGACAGGGGCAGGGAGAAGGGGAAGUGGGGAAUAAUUCCUUAGGUUUGCUCCAGGGGAAGCGACCAGCCAGUCCUGCCCUUCUCCUCCCACCCUGCAUGUUGAAGCCCCCGAAGCGGACCUGCCCCCCACCCCAAGUCUCCACCGUCACUGGAGAUGAGGACAUUUCUGAUAGUGAAAUAGAACAGUAUUUGCGUACCCCUCAGGAAGUUAGGGACUUUCAGAGAGCCCAGGCUGCUAGACAGGCUGCCAUGAGUGUCGCUAACCCUCCCUGAGACACAUCCCUUGGGGGCACUUCAUCCCACUCUGAUAGAAGCUUGGAAACCUGUCAUAGCCAAGGAUGGAAGUGUACCCGGUCCGUAGGUAUUGCCUUUCUUAUCUGAAGGAAACAAGAGGGGCUCUGCCAUUAGUUGGACCUUGGGUCCUGGAAUAAAGUCAGGAGUGCAGGGACAAUUAUAGGUAGGAGAGACUCCCAUCCCUUGGUGCAGGAGAGCAACUUGCAUAUGUCCUUGUUCCAUGAGAUGGCUCUCCUCAUAGAUGGGAAAAUACCAGGCUCUUUGCUGCGGGUUUGAAUUGGACACACCACUGCUGCUCCUGCAGGCCCGAGGGGACUUCCCUCUGCUUGUGAAGCGGUUGAUGUUCCCUGCAGUAUCAACCCUUAGAGGAGCAGGAACUGGGGAUUUCCUGGCCCUGUGUCCAUUCACAGGAGGUGGGUUUGUGUGUAUGGUGUCAUGACAGCGCCUACCUCAUAACAAGGACAGUGGGUGGACUAAGGCAGUAGCUCAAAGGGCUUUGCAAAAUUUUAAUAUAUUAAAACAAGAGGCAUCUGCUAGAAAACAUUCUAUUGUAUAAAACCCGAGCUCUUAAAAA